CUUUGAUUCGUCGCUAUGUGGUGACGUAAGAGUUGCGUCACUGAACGAGGACAGCACAGUUUCCAGACUAGCUCUCCGGUUGACCUUGCUGCUUAGCGUUGACCGCCAACUGCACAGCACUCAGCAGAAAUACAUGACCGCCCUGAGUUUACCUGACAUGCCGCAGUUGUCAGUCGCGUCCGCGCCGGGUUUGGCCAGCUCGGGUUUCAGGUUAAACAAAGAGCACUUUCUGGUGGCUCUGCCGGUGGCUUUGGUCGCAGCAGCCGGAGGCUUUUUCUUCAGCCAGUACCUGAACAAGCGCAGCAGCAAAAAAGGCCAAGUCAACACGUUCAUCAACAAAGACAGCCCGAAAGUCGUCCACUGCUUCGACAUGGAGGACAUCGGCUCCAAAGCUGUGUACUGCCGCUGCUGGAAGUCAAAGAAGUUCCCGCUCUGCGACGGUUCGCACACAUCCCACAACGAGAAAACCGGAGACAACGUCGGACCUCUAAUCAUCAAAAAGAAGGACCCUUGAUCCAGCCCGCCACUGCGACCAUUUCAUGUUUGUGCAGCAGAGGACCAGGACAGCUCUGAUGCUGCCGGAACGACCCCGCCGAUAAUCGUCGUGAUUUUUUUAAUGCUCCCAAACGAAUCAAAUCAAAGACUCUGAGGGCCGGCUCCGUCACGGUGGCGUCUUCAACGCUUGUCGUCUGCGUGUCGUCGGCUGGCCUUUUGUGCGGAGCAGGUGGUGGAAACGUGAAACCCGCAGACCCGUCAGCCGCCUCGCCGUGAGCCUUAUAUGUAAAUCUGCUUCUAAACCCAUCUGAAUGUUUGGAAUGAUUUCCUCUGUCAUAAAACACUCGUCUGUAAGAAUUGCCAGGAACUCAAAGGUUAGAUUUAGCUUGUUGAGUUUGUUUUUUUUUUCUUUGUACUGGCUGCUGUUUGUUUCAACUUGUCUUAAUAAAAAGAAUUGAGAUCUGUGAA